CUCUCAUCGUCGCACUCUCUUCAUCACCUCAUCCUCCAUAUCUUCUCUCUCCCAUUCUCAUCUUUCCAAACCCAUCAGAAAAGAGUCAACCCCAAAAAACACAAAAAAAAGAAAAAGGAAAAAAGAAUAUAUAUUAUCUUAAUUUUAUACAUGGAGGUGACUGAGAGAGCUCACGGAGUCACCGAGGGUAGCACCAACCCCUCCAUGGUGUCGGUGGAUGAGGCUCUCCGAAUGGUGCUGGCAGUUGCCCAGGGACUGCCACCUGUCACCGUGCCUCUCCACAACGCGCUGGGCAUGGUCUUGGCUGAGGAUGUUCGCGCUCCUGACCCUUUGCCUCCUUAUCCUGCCUCUAUCAAGGAUGGAUAUGCUGUGGUGGCAGAAGAUGGGCCUGGUGAGUAUCCUGUGGUUGCUGAAGCAAGAGCUGGAAAUGAUGCACUUGGUGUGACUGUCACUCCUGGAACUGUUGCAUAUGUCACAACUGGAGGACCUAUCCCUGAUGGUGCCGAUGCAGUUGUUCAAGUUGAGGACACCGAAAAAAUUGAAGGGUCUUCUCUUGAAUCAAAGUGCAUAAGAAUUCUGGUUAGAACAAGCAAAGGAACAGAUAUCCGUCCAGUGGGAUGUGACAUUGAGAAACAUGCUGUAGUAUUAAGGUCUGGAGAAACAGUCGGUGCUUCAGAAAUUGGCCUACUGGCUACGGUCGGAGUAAUGAUGGUGAAGGUGUACCGCACUCCAACUGUUACUGUGCUUUCUACUGGAGACGAACUGGUAGAGCCAACAACAGAAAUUCUAAAUCGUGGCCAGAUUAGAGAUUCCAAUCGUGCUAUGAUACUGGCAGCUGCUACGCAGGAGCAUUGCAAGGUACUUGACCUUGGUAUUGUAAGAGAUGAUGAAGAAGAACUUGAAAGAGUCAUGGAUACUGCAUUUUCUUCUGGGAUCGAUAUCCUUAUAACUUCUGGUGGUGUUUCCAUGGGAGACAAGGAUUUUGUCAAGCCACUUCUCAAAAAGAGAGGAGCAGUGCAUUUCAGUAAGGUUUGUAUGAAACCGGGAAAACCUCUGACAUUUGCGGAGAUCGUUGCAAAACCAACAGAAGGCGUGCCAAGAAAAAAGAUUCUUGCAUUUGGGCUGCCUGGAAAUCCAGUGAGCUGUUUAGUGUGUUUCCAUCUCUUUGUAGUACCCACCAUCCGUCGUCUUGCUGGAUGGGCAAACCCUCAUCUUCUGAGGGUGCAGGCCCGUCUUCGUCAGCCUAUAAAGACAGACCCAUUCCGCCCAGAAUUCCAUUGUGCUAUAAUUAGUUGGGAGAUUGAUGACGGAUCAGGCAAGCCUGGUUUUGUUGCUGAGAGUACUGGUCAUCAGAUGAGUAGCCGGCUUUUAAGUAUGAAGUCUGCGAAUGCUUUAUUGGAGUUACCAGCGACAGGUAGUCUGAUACCUGCUGGUUCUUCUGUGUCGGCCAUCAUAAUUACUGAUUUGAGCAGAACCGCUAUUACCAAGAAUACCUUAACAUCCAAUCCAACUUCUCCCUUGCAAGCAAAUGCAAAAAAAGAAGUAAAUGCAAAUGCGUCUCAGGAUUCUGAAUUCAAAUUGGCUAUUCUUACAGUGAGUGAUACUGUGGCAUCGGGGGCUGGACCUGAUAGAAGUGGUCCGAGGGCCGUUUCUGUUGUAAAUUCUUCAGCAGGAAGAUUAGGAGGGGCUAGAGUUGUUUUAACAGCUGCGGUACCUGAUGAAGUGAGCAAAAUCAAAGAUGUGCUGCUGAAAUGGUGCGAUAUCGACAGAGUGGAUCUUAUCCUCACCCUUGGUGGUACUGGCUUCUCUCCAAGGGACGUAACCCCUGAAGCAACUAAAGAGGUGAUUGAGAAAGAAACAUCCGGACUCCUUUACGUCAUGAUGCAAGAGAGUCUGAAAGUGACACCAUUUGCUAUGCUCUCACGCUCUGCAGCCGGAAUAAGAGGAUCAACAUUGAUCAUCAACAUGCCCGGGAAUCCAAAUGCUGUUGGCGAGUGCAUGGAGGCUUUGUUACCUGCUCUUAAGCACGCAUUGAAGCAGAUAAAAGGGGACAAAAGGGAGAAACAUCCCCGCCAUGUUCCUCAUGCAGAAGCGGCUCCUCAGGACGAGUGGGAACGUAGUUAUAAAUCGGCCAGUGGCAGUGGCAGCAGGAGAGGGGCCUGUUCUUGUGGCUAAAGCAAUCUGAAUGAGUCAGAAAGCAUGGCUAUACAUGAGCGGGUUCGGCAGGUGACGGCGGGUUGGACGACGAGAAAGUCUCCAAGAUCCCAAUCUAGAAUGACCCUACAGUCUAGGCGGGUUGUUGGAGGCUGGCGGGUUGACUUUUUUUGUUUGCGAGUUGUUUUUAAUUAGUAAAGAAUAAGAAUUUCGGAAUCAUAAAACUUAUUCAUAUUAUCAAAUUACACAAUAUCCAAUACUGUAUAAACAAUAACAAAAAAUUCUCAAACUAACGUUUUCUGAAUUGAGAAACA